AACUUUUUAAACCAGUUAUGUUUACCUCUUUCUCAUCAUUGAUUUCAGGUAAUUUAUAUUGAUUUUAAUGUUUGUCCAGUAGAGAUAGGAAGGGGUUGCCUUUUUACUACUUUAUUCUAAGAAAUCGUAGUCAUCUGCAAACAGAAUUGGAUAUCAUAUUGAAUUAACCUUUCCCUCCCACUCCCUCUCUCUAAAAAGCACUGCAGACUUUUAUACUUGAUUGUCUCUUUUCUGUUUUACAGAGUAAGAAAGCUGUUUCUGAAAAACCAGAGAAGAGAAACUAAGAGAAUAGUAGACAAAAUCUUUCCAAUUUGCAUAAUAUUUCCUUCAUGGAUACAUUUUCAUAGCAUUAUUAUGUGAUGUGAGAAGUUUUUUGUUUCUUUUUUGAAGUAACAUGGAUUUUAUACUGCAAAAUCAAGAGAUUGGCUUUAUAGGAAAAAUUGAUUUGUAAAAAGUGGUACAGGUUUUUAUAGAUAACCAUGACAACAUCCCAUAUGAAUGGGCAUGUUACUGAGGAAUCAGACAGCGAAGUAAAAAAUGUUGAUCUUGCAUCACCAGAGGAACAUCAGAAGCACCGAGAGAUGGCUGUUGACUGCCCUGGAGAUUUGGGCACCAGGAUGAUGCCUGUUCGUCGAAGUGCACAGUUGGAGCGUAUUCGGCAACAACAGGAGGACAUGAGACGUAGGCGAGAAGAAGAAGGGAAAAAACAAGAACUUGACCUUAAUUCUUCUAUGAGACUUAAGAAACUAGCCCAAAUUCCUCCAAAAACUGGAAUAGAUAACCCUAUAUUUGAUACAGAGGAAGGAAUUGUCUUAGAAAGUCCUCAUUAUGCUGUGAAAAUACUAGAAGUGGAAGAUUUGUUUUCUUCACUUAAACAUAUCCAACAUACUUUGGUAGAUUCUCAGAGCCAGGAGGAUAUUUCACUGCUUUUACAACUUGUACAAAAUAAAGAUUUCCAGAAUGCAUUUAAGAUAUACAAUGCUGUCACAGUGCACAUGAACAAGGCCAGUCCUCCAUUUCCUCUUAUCUCCAAUGUACAAGAUCUUGCACAAGAGGUACAAACUGUUUUGAAGCCAGUCCACCAGAAAGAAGGACAAGAGUUAACUGCUUUGCUGAAUGCUCCACAUAUUCAGGCACUUUUACUGGCCCACGAUAAGGUCGCUGAACAGGAAAUGCAGCUAGAGCCCAUUCCAGAUGAGAGAGUUUAUGAAAGCAUUGGCCAGUAUGGAGGAGAAACUGUAAAAAUAGUUCGUAUAGAAAAGGCUCGAGAUAUUCCAUUGGGUGCUACAGUUCGUAAUGAAAUGGAUUCUGUCAUCAUUAGUCGGAUAGUAAAAGGGGGUGCUGCAGAGAAAAGUGGUCUUUUACAUGAAGGAGAUGAAGUCCUGGAGAUUAAUGGCAUUGAAAUUCGGGGUAAAGAUGUCAAUGAGGUUUUUGACUUGUUGUCUGAUAUGCAUGGUACUUUGACAUUUGUUCUGAUUCCCAGUCAACAGAUCAAGCCUCCUCCUGCCAAGGAAACUGUAAUUCAUGUAAAAGCUCAUUUUGACUAUGACCCUUCAGAUGACCCGUAUGUUCCAUGUCGAGAGUUAGGCCUGUCUUUUCAAAAAGGGGAUAUACUUCAUGUGAUCAGUCAGGAAGAUCCAAACUGGUGGCAAGCCUACAGGGAUGGCGAUGAAGAUAAUCAGCCUCUAGCUGGGCUCGUUCCAGGGAAAAGCUUUCAGCAGCAAAGGGAGGCCAUGAAGCAAACCAUAGAAGAAGACAAGGAGCCAGAAAAAUCAGCAGGAAAGCUGUGGUGUGCAAAGAAGAAUAAAAAGAAGAGGAAAAAGGUGCUGUAUAAUGCCAAUAAAAAUGAUGACUAUGACAAUGAAGAAAUCUUAACUUAUGAAGAAAUGUCACUUUAUCAUCAGCCAGCAAAUAGAAAAAGACCUAUCAUUUUGAUUGGUCCACAGAACUGUGGCCAGAAUGAAUUGCGUCAGAGGCUCAUGAACAAAGAAAAAGACCGCUUUGCAUCUGCAGUUCCUCAUACAACUCGUAGUAGGCGAGACCAUGAAGUAGCUGGUAGAGAUUACCACUUUGUUUCUCGGCAAGCGUUCGAGGCAGACGUAGCAGCUGGAAAGUUCAUUGAGCAUGGUGAAUUUGAGAAAAAUUUGUAUGGAACCAGCAUAGAUUCUGUACGGCAAGUGAUCAACUCUGGAAAAAUAUGUCUUUUAAGUCUUCGUACACAGUCGUUGAAGACUCUCCGGAAUUCAGACUUGAAACCAUAUAUUAUUUUUAUUGCACCCCCUUCACAAGAAAGACUUCGGGCAUUGUUGGCCAAAGAGGGCAAGAAUCCAAAGCCAGAAGAGUUGAGAGAAAUCAUUGAGAAAACUAGAGAGAUGGAGCAGAACAAUGGUCACUACUUUGACACGGCAAUUGUGAAUUCAGAUCUUGAUAAAGCCUAUCAGGAAUUGCUUAGGUUAAUUAACAAACUUGAUACUGAACCUCAGUGGGUGCCGUCCACUUGGCUGAGGUGAAGGAAACAUCCAUCUGUGGCAUGAUUGGACUUGAUCUGGCACGCUGCCAGCGCGAAGGUAAACCGGAUCCUUCAGCAAGACUCUGAGGGUAAGGUGGCUGGCAACGUAGACCUUGUUCUUAGAUCUCAAACUAGCAAGAAGAAAAUCCCCGUAGGUAAUUUGUGCACAGCAGUCUUUAUUCCCUGUGGCUUUAGGUUCUUGCCUCAUUUGGGGAUUCUAAAUGGAAGCUUUCAACGGAGCAGUUCCAUUUUAUCCAUGUAAAAACCUGUUUUCACCUAACUAAAUCUUUCCUGCCUAGUCAUAUCUCCAUGAAAAACGUGUGUGUGUAUACACAGCAGUCCAUGUCUCACAUAGUUAUAAAUACUGAUGUUAUUUUAACAGUUAACUUAAAUGACUUAAUGGGAAUUGGUGGGGGAGGGGAGGGACUCUGUUUCUGUGUACUGGGCAAAACUUUAUUUGGUAAGAAAACUGGUUUAGUCAUCAAAAAUACUUAAAGUUUUUUUAUGUGCUGAAAGUAUAUACACAACAGAUUUCAAAAACUACAUUAAAUUAUGGUGAUUAAAAAAUAUUUUUUAAGGUGCCACUUUGGUCUGGGGCUAGGCUUGAAUUCAAGGUAGGCUUGAAUUCAUUUGUAUGUCUUUUAAUCCUUGAAAAACAUUCCGUUAGAAGCACCAGUUUUAGCUCAAACUUUGUGGAUCGGACUUUACUGUACACACAGCAGACUCUGAUAUAGUUAAGCGCGUACAACAUGCUGAUCUUUUCAAAUAUGUGAUUUUCUGAAUUUUCCUUAAAUUGUCACAAUUGAUUUGGUAACCUUGCUUCCUUUCUCUGAUUUGCAUAGGACAACAGAAUGUGUAAGUUAUAUUUUUAUGAGUGGCAGAUGUUCAUAUAAACUAUGUUGACAAAGUUUCUCAUGAUUCAGUUUUUUAUAUACAUGAGAGGACAUAGCACCUUUGACAGUGUCUGCAUUUUUAUAGAAGAGCACAGUAAUUUGAUGACUGUGCUAUAUAGAGGUAAUAAACUGGAAUUCUGUGAUGAAUAUAGCUGCUGUACUGUAUACUAAUAUUUAAUAGGUUGACAAAUGGUCAUGGGUAACACUCAGAUUGGACUAAAAUUACAUCUAUCUGAAGGAAAUACUAUGACAUUUGACUUUGAGAUCAGAAGGAAAGGAUGACCUGAAAGUCAUUUGAACAUUUUAGGAAAAAAACAUGGGUGGGGGUAAAGAGGUUUUUAUCCUAACAAGGUCUGCCUCUUAUGAUCAUAAUGCAACAGCUUGCUAAACCAUAAAUGUUUUAAGCUAAUGGGAUUUUCACCCUGGCAUGAAAAGUUGAUUUGUAGUCUUUUCAAGCCCUUAGGGAUGGUGUGAUGUGUGACAAACAACCUCAAAUGUGAAUGUGUUUUAUUUUUGUGAUAACUUUAGAUACAGCAUUUCCUGUUCUCAAAGCUAAACACUGGAAUAAUAUUGAAUUGUCACUUAAUUUAAUGUAAGCAGUUGUUUUUAAUUAGUAGUUUGUCUCAGUGUCAUGUGUAUAUUUGAUUUUUUUAUCAUCUACAUAAUUUUAUUUGAACAAAUGUAGACAGUUUAUAUGUUGCCCUUUCUGUUCAAAUUUGCAUGGCCUUAAAGUUGGCUGCGGAGUGUGUCUUAUGUGGAAAUACUUUCAAGAUGAUGUUCAUUAGGAAGAAAGUGACAUCCUAGGUUAAGGGAAGGAAUGCCAUCCAUACUCUUUUCAGGUCUGAAACACUCCAAGUUUACAGCAGGAAAUGCAAAGCUUACUGAUUUUCAGCAUUGGAAGACAAGGAAUAUAAGCACUUCAUCUUCUCAGUCUUGCAGUUUACUUUCUCCUGGGGAAUGAAAGGUAGUCUAUGGUAGGCAGUGGAGUUUUGUGAGCUGCUUAUCAUAACUGACAACUGUUUUCAACCCUAAGAUCUAAAAUGUUGGCAGUUUGAAUUGUUAGAAUGAGAUUUCAGGUAGUGUCAGUGGCUGUUGUAUCAUUCCCUGAGUUAGCCUGCAGACCGUACAUCCACACUAAGCCACGUGCUAUCAAGACUCAGAUAAUGGCUUUAACAAGCAAAUCCCCUACCAAGGCGUGUGCCGAGCAUAACGUACUUUAGGAAGCCUAAGAGGUAUUUGGGGAGUCAGUGAAGUCUUACAGUUCUUUUCUCAUCAGAAAUGGUAGAGGGAUAGAAAUGCUUGUCCCAGUGAUACGGAUGUGCCGAUAUUCAACACAGUCCCUAAACAAAGUGAACACUGAGGUGUUGCUAACUUCCUUGAAAGAAAAUGGAAAAACCCUUGCUGUACACCUGGCCGCUAUGGCCAGUUCCAUUUCCUGUCCCUCUGUGGUUCUGAUUGGAGACCCCAGAGAGGGGGAAGUCUUAACCACUUAUAGGAAUGAUACCGGUAGCUAAAAAUACGCACGUUCAAAUAAGGAAAUAUCUUUUUUAAAGAAAUCUUAAGUUAGAACAGAUGAAAAGGAGAACAGUAUUUAGACUAAUCCAGAUUUGCUAUGAAAAUCUAAUGUCUGGAUUUUUUUCCCUUUUCUGAUGGCCUAAGGAAUAAGUAUUGAUAAGGAAUAAUUUGAAUGUAAUUUUGUGAAUGUGUGUGCAAAAUAAGAACCAGGGAGCUAGCCUUAAUAAGGUAACCUUUGUGACAUUUUUAAUCCUUUGUACUCUUAUCCUGUAUCUGCACUCUUAUUUUGUGAUGUCAUACUGCACACUGUAUUGUAAAAAUAAAAAGUAAAAUUAUAUUUCAAAUAAAAAAAGCCACCGAGUA